AUGGGACCCCAAAAACUUGCAGAGCUUGAAUCCGCGAUUCAACGUCGAGUAAACAACAUCAGAAGCCAGCGUAACUUAGCACUGAAUAUCAAGCUGAAUAAGCUUACAAGAAAGUCUGACCACCCCAACAGUGAAGGAUGGAUCAAAAACUUGUCUAGCCGUCAACUCAGCACAACGGAGGAGAACAUACUAAUCAAAGGACUAAACUUUAACGCAAAAGAUGCAUCAUAUAAGGAUUACUUGGCGAAUCUGGAACAAGUUUUGAACACAAACGGACUAUCAGAAGAAUCGCGGCAACAAAUUAGACAAACAGUUGUCCCUGCAAUAACUCGCAACAAAUUCACACAUACGCUUGCAAAAGAAGAACGGGAAGGACUCAGAAGGCUACAAAAAGAAGACAAUAUUGUAAUCCUACCAGCUGACAAGGGACGCAUGGCAGUAAUAAUGGAUAAACCAGAUUACGUUGCAAAAGCCAAACAACUCCUGUCCGACACGACCACCUAUCGUCCCAUAGAUCAGGACCCUAGUACAAAACUGAGUACUCAAAUCAACACAGCAUUGAAGAAACUACAAGCAACGAGUGAGAUUACCAAGCUGGAGCGAUGGAAGAUGAAAGCUGAGGACACAAACAUUGCAAGGUUCUAUGGACUGCCAAAGGUACACAAAGACGGAGUCCCAUUGCGUCCAAUCGUCUCGUUGCCAGGAACCCCAUCGUACAAAUUGGCAAAAUGCAUGUGGAAGAAAUUAAAACAUCUAAUCGCCGGCUCUGAACAAAGCAUCAUCAAUGCUGAACAAUUCAUCAACAAACUGAAGUGUGUUACAAUAGAGGAAGAUGAAAUCAUGCUGUCGUUUGAUGUCACCGCGCUCUUCACGUCGAUCAGUCACGAACUUGCAAAAGAAACCAUGAUGGAAUUGCUUCGAAAGCAAUCGAACACAAUAGGAAACCUCAAACCGGAAAGCAUAUGGGAACUCUUGGAACUCUGCAUGACUACUUAUUUUUACUUUGAUGGGCAAGUAUACCAACAACUGAAAGGAACGCCCAUGGGAUCGCCCAUCUCAGGACUUAUUGCAGAAGCUGUGAUGCAAAGACUGGAGAGCAUCGCAAUACCGUUAAUCAAACCAAAAUUAUGGAUCCGGUACGCGGACGACACGUUUGUCGUCAUCAAACGAGAUUCCACGCAGCACACCCAUGAGCUAAUCAACAACACAUUCCAGAAUAUCAAGUUUACAAUUGAACUCGAAAAAGACAACCAGUUACCAUUCUUAGAUGUAAUGGUCCAAAGCAACACUGACGGAACACUUCACACGUGUGUACAUCGAAAGAAGACCCACACAGACCAAAUAUUAAACUACCACAGCAACCAUCCACUGAACCACAAGAAAAGCUGCAUUCAAAGCCUUUUCAAUAGGGCCGAAACACACUGCAGCACAACAGAAUUGAGGAAGAAGGAAGAGAACCAUCUAUACCGGGUAUUGCAAAACAACGGGUAUCCAAGAAACUUCAUCAGAAGAAGCCUAAAGAAGAGGGUGCAGCAACAACAGCAGGAAAACAUAGAUAAACGGAUAGCGCUUCCUUACAUCAAGAAUGUAUCUGAACUAACGUCAGGAUUGCAACGACCACAUAGAAUCUUGGUAGCCCACAAACCAACAG